AUGUCACUUCAGGACAAGGCAAAGCAGCUAGAUGAACAAUUUCCAACUCAUAAGGAACUAUUUGCUUUCCCCACGUUUGAAUCGAUGGGUUUAAAGGACCCUGCGCAGAGAGCAGAUUCUUCGAAGAAAACCCUGUUAUCACCGGUCAAUUACCUUUGUGGCAACUCACUUGGAUUGAUGCCCAAGUCCACCGUUGAAGCUGUGAACAACGAAUUAAAGGCAUGGGCAAUGAGAGGUGUCGAGUCUCAUUUUAGACACCCUAUGGAAUCAGAUGGACUCACCAAUUGGGUCAAUAUCGAUCUUCCAGUGAUUCCACUACUAGCUGAGAUUGUCGGUGCAAAAGAGCAAGAAGUUGCCUGUAUGGGAACUCUCACUAUGAAUUUGAACUCUUUAUUAUGCAGCUUCUAUCAACCUACCGGUUCUAGAUACAAAAUUCUAUUUGAGAAGCAUGCCUUCCCAUCGGAUUACUACGCUAUGUUGAACCAGGUCAAAUUGCACGGCUAUAACGAGGAAGCAUUGAUCCAAUUGGCUCCUAGGAAGGGUGAAUUCUUUUUGAAAACCGAGGAUAUCUUGGAAACUAUUGAGAAUGAGGGUGAAUCUAUUGCAGUUGUCUGCUUCUCGGGCAUUCAGUACUAUACGGGUCAGUAUUUUGAUAUCGCCAGAAUCACGGAAGCUGCACAUGUUAAGGGAUGUGUUGUUGGUUGGGAUUUAGCUCAUGCUGUAGGUAAUGUUGACCUUCAAUUACAUGAGUGGAAUGUGGAUUUUGCAGCCUGGUGCUCCUACAAGUAUCUUAAUUCCGGACCUGGUGGUAUUGGGGGUAUCUUUGUGCAUGAAAGACUCUUUCACGAUCAACAAUGGAAACCGCGACUAGCCGGAUGGUGGGGAAACAAUUCUUCUGUGCGGUUUAAGAUGUUGGAACAGUUCGAUCCGAUACCUGGAGCUCUAGGAUUUCGUCAAAGUAACCCGAGUGUCAUCGAUGUGGUCUCUUUACGCUCGUCUCUAGAAACUUAUAAGAAAUGUGGAGGAAUAAAAGCUCUUCGAGAGAAAUCUAAGGCACUUACCAAGUAUUUGGAGACUUUACUUGAGAACUCAAUAUACUAUAGAGAUGCUGAGCAUAGUUUAGAUGCUAAGCCUCAUUUUAACAUUAUUACACCUUCAAAUCCAGAUUCUAGAGGUGCUCAAUUAUCAUUACUCUUUGCUCCACAUUACCAAGAUUCUCAGAAAAACGUGAUGCAGAGUAUUUUUAAGUUUUUAAAUGAAAGAGGAGUUAUAUGUGACGAUAGAAAGCCAGAUGUUAUUAGAUUGGCGCCAGUGCCAAGCUACAAUAGUUUCUCCGAUUGCUACGAUAGCGUAAAGCUGCUAAACGAAGCAUUUGAGCAGUACGCAGAUUAG